AGUCAACCCCACCAACAAGAAUGUCCUCUAUCCUUUUCCCCGUUUCUUCAACCAAAUUUUCCAACCAAAUUUUCUUUCGCUCGUCUCUCGCAAGCUUUGCCUUCGCCAUUCCAUUCUCGCGUUGCCAUUUCGCACCCUCACAAUGGGCGCCCUCCCCGAGCCUAAUGUCAUCGCCGGCGCACUUGACACUCUGCGUGUUCAAUCUCAUCGCAUCGCCAACGAUCUGGGACAGCAGAUGAACGCUUUGGGACACCAGGUGAACGCUUUGGGACAGCAGACGAAUCUCCGCAUCGACGCAAUGCAGCAGCAAAUGGACGCUUUGGGACAGCAAGUGAACCAGCGCUUCGACACUCUCGAAAACCGCCAAAACAAUUUCGAGAUUGCUGGUGUAAAUGCACGCUUGGUUCACGCCGACGGCGUCGCUAUUCUCCAGCGACCCGUCGACGUUCCCAAUUCCCCCCCAACGCAACCCCAGCUCUAUGAGAUCGAUGACGCUACUGCGGAUGUCAUUAUGCCCGCCCUCGGCAUCUAUCUAGCCCCAAACACGCCCUUGGCCGUCAAGCGCGAGAGCAUUGCGCGGAAGUGACUUCUGAAAUAAGGGGGUACAUGGGACUAGAGGAAUAGAGGAGAUGGGAAGGAAAUGAUUGAGAGGACUGCAAGGUCUAAUAUAUUCAAUAAAUAACAAGGGCUUUUAGGACGAGUAUUUUUUUUAGAGGGGACAGAGUCUUGGAGCACUGUUAAAUCGUCUCCCUACACUGUAGGUACAUCGGCGCCAAGGCUUACAGCUCACCGCCCACGAAAAUACCACAUUUUACAGAUAUACUCAGUACGCUUUAGGAAGUCUAGGCCGCAAAGCAGCCUAUCGCAAAGCUGUAAAUGUGUGUGCCAUGUCGGACACCCACUGGUCCUUGACUUAUUACUGUGGCCCAUGGACGAAGGCAUGGAGUUUGCGUCUCCCUUUUUCUCAAUGCCCCUGCAGGGCUUGGCGCGGGCCGAGG